AUGGCGCCCAUCUCCAACCCUUCUUCCACUCCCACAGCCGCCCCAGCGCCUUACCUACACACCCGCUCCGCACUCGAAGCCUUGUCCUCCGAAACCCUCACCCCAACAGCCAUCGGCCUCAUCUGCGUAGUCGGCACCAUCGGCAUCACCAUCUACAUCAUCAGCGCCAUCAUCUAUUUCCGCACCAAACCAAUCAGCCUGCCCAGACUAUUCCGCAAGGGCGCGCACACCGACGAAGAGAGCAAUACAGACGGCAAGAAGACAGCCAUAUCCAUCUGGGAGCGAGGUGUACCGCUGUAUGAUCGAAGUGGUGUUACUACGACGGCAAAUUCGGCGUUUGGUGAUGCGUAUCCUUCUGAGGGUGUUGCGGUGAAUGCUGGGCUGGAGAGGGAGAUUUUGGAGAUUCUGGAGGCGGAGGCGGAGGUUAGGGCUAUGUCGAGGGUUGUGGUGAGGUAUUGA